AUGAGUUCUUAUCAACCAUUACAUUUACUUCCACUUCCACCAUUAUCAAUUGAUCCUAAACCUAUACCCACGUCGAUAAGUAUCGAUCCAUUCUCAGAUUCGAUCUGGAUUGGAACUUCCUCAGGAACAGUAACAGCUCUAUGUACACCUUUAUCAUUAACUCGUAAUGUACAAUUUCCAGCUCAUGGAUCGAAAUCAGCUACCGGAUAUCUGAAUCCCACAACGGGUAUGGGAAUGGGGAUGGGGAGUAUGGCUGUAAGGGAAAUUAGAGUCACGGAUAGAGAUGUUUGGACUUUGACUGAAGGCGGUGUGGGAGGUAGGAAAAGAGGUGGUGCGGCAAAAUGGACUGUUAGCGACCCAACGAGAUCAUUACGAACGAUGACACCGAACCCCACGAAUUCCCAUGAAUUGUUAGCUGGCGGAACAGGUCAAUUGAUCUUGGCGAACUCAUCAAGAGGAGAGAUUGUUCGUAGGAUUGAACACUCUUCCUCUAUAGUUCAUCUAGCACAGUCGAAUAGAUCAGUCAUAUCAGCUGGAAUGUCAGGUCAAAUAUCUCUGUUAGACCCGAGAACAGGAUUUAAAGUUUCAAAUACAACUUCACCGGUUCAAGCUCAUACAGGUGGUUUAAGCGGAGCAGAUACUCAAGGUUGGUUGGUGUGCACUUGGGGAUGGACACAUAUGCAAGGACAUCCAAUGCCUGAUCCGUUGGUGAAGAUAUAUGAUGUAAGAACACUAAGGCCUUUACCACCUAUAUCAUUUCCUGCUGGACCAGCGUUCGCUUUACUUCAUCCAACAGAUUCAUCUAAAAUGGUAAUUUCAUCACAACAAGGAAUGUUACAAUCGGUAGAUAUGUCAAUGGGAACAGGAUCAACAGGGUCAACUUUCCAACAGCUUGACGUUAAUUCAUAUGUGACUACUAUGGCUUUAUCACCCAAAGGCGAUUAUUUAGCAUUUGGUGACGCAGAUGGUCAUUUACAUUUAUGGACAACACAUGAAACAGGUGAAAAUUCUCUUUUAGAUUUGGAUGAAAAUGGUCAAAUCGUUUUACCUACUUUUAACGGUUAUCAAGGUGUUAAACCCGAAUGGCCAGACACGAUUGAUCCACCUCCUUCCAUAGUAUGGGAAGAUACAACCCCCCUAAACCUCAUUGGAAUGCCAUAUUACUCUGAACCACUCCUAUCGAAUUUCCCAACGGAUACAUACGCACCUGAAACAUCACCAUUCUUUAAUCCACCUUUAUCAAUACCGACAUCAGUGACGACCUCAAUGAAAAUGGUAGAUUUCGUCGGAUAUGCAACUACGCCUAAAGAACUAAAAGGUAAAAGAUACGUGGUGACAGCACGUCCAGGUGCAGGUAAAAGAUCCGCAAAUGGUAGAAAUGGUACAGGAAGAAGAGAUAGCGAACCUAGAUUCAGAAGUGAAAAAGAAAAGAAAACUAAAUCUAACAAUACCAAUAGCAAUUCGAACGAUAAUCUUACAAAUAAUAAAGACAAUGUUCAUCAAGAAGAACAAGAAGAAGAACUUAUGAUACAAGGUCAAAUUCCCAAAUAUUACAGAAAAGUCGAGAUCAAAUAUUCCAAGUUUGGUAUCGAGGAUUUCGAUUUUGAAUAUUAUAAUCGGACUUCUUAUUCAGGUCUUGAAACUGACAUAUUGAAUUCAUACACGAACGCACUUUUACAAGCUAUACAUUAUAUAACACCAUUAAGAGCAGUAGCGACUGCUCACAUAUGUGUGGAUUGUAAGAAGGAACACUGUUUACUUUGUGAAGCAGGUUUCCUAUUUAGAAUGUUGGAAGACGCAAAAGGAAGAAAUUGUCAAGCUAGUAACUUCUCAAGAGCAUUUAGUGCUACACCUCAAGCAUCCGCUCUGGGUUUGAUGGAUGAUAAUGACAAAUCUACCGCACCAUAUGGAUCUUUGAUUCAGAAUUUCAAUAGAUGGCUAUUAUCUACUUUCAGUACAGAAUCAAUAGUCGAGGGUAAAGCUUUCAACCUACAACCUAAAGCAAUUCAAAAUCUUUCAUUAAGUGACAGAUCAGAGAAUUCACCUUCAGCGAUCGAUCAAGUUCUGGGGGUGGAAAUCAAAACUACAAACACUUGUAGAAGUUGUGGUUUCGUUUCGGAAAGAGAUACGACAUUACAUGCUGUUGAUUUGGUGUAUCCCAAAAAAACUACGACUCGACCGAGAUUCGAUGACGUUCUCAGAUCUUCAAUAUUCAGAGAAAGUACCACCAAAGCAGUGUGUAGUAAUUGCAAGUCGUUUGCCCCAUUAGACUCCAAGAGAACCUUUUCACCGAGGUCGCAAAACCCUUUACCACCAGUAUUGAGUGUGAAUGCAAUGAUGACCACACCGGAGUUAUAUCAAAUUUGGAAGACAGAUAAAGAAGGGUUUUUAGGACCUCAAGUCAAAAUCGAUCUAGGUAAUGGGGAUGAGGAAAUUGUAUAUGAAGUCAAAAGCAUCGUAGUUCAAAUCCAAGAGGAUCAACAUACACCAGCACAUUUAGUUUCUUUCGUUAGAGUUCCAGAUGACGAUGAUCCUACUCAAUCUCAUUGGAUCAUGUUCAAUGAUUUCUUAGUAAGAUCAGUAUCUGAAAGAGAAGUCUUCAAUUUCCCGGAUCAAUGGAAAGUGCCCGCUGUUAUCAUACUACAAAGGACAGAUACCGCUUCUUUGUUGGAUCUAAAUGAAUUACCGAAAGAGAUUGAUCGAAGUGUUCUCUUCAAGGAUGUUUCCAUGGCAUGGAAUCGAAGAAACGCAUUGAUCAAGCAUAAAGUAUUAGAGAAAGAUGAAUUACCGACUCCAGGUACACUUGUAGCCAUAGAUGCUGAAUUUGUAGCUUUACAGCAGGAAGAAAUGGAGUUCCGUUCUGAUGGAACUAAAAACAUAUUAAGACCAUCACAUAUGUCUUUAGCUAGAGUAUCAGUCUUAAGAGGACAAGGUGCCAAAGAAGGUGUACCUUUCAUAGAUGAUUAUAUACAUACUAGUGAAGCUGUAGUUGAUUAUCUGACUGAAUUUUCUGGUAUAAAAGCUGGUGAUUUGGAUCCUAAUAAUUCGGGGCAUACAUUGGUACCACUCAAAGUCGCCUAUAAGAAGCUUAGAUUGUUGGUGGAUCUAGGAUGUAUCUUCAUAGGUCAUGGAUUAUCGAAAGAUUUCAGAACCAUUAACAUCUUCAUACCUCCAGAACAAGUCAUGGAUACAGUACACAUAUUCACGAUACCUGGACGCCAGCGUAAAUUGUCUCUUCGAUUUUUAGCUUGGUACCUAUUGAAAAAGGAUAUUCAAACGAGUUCACACGAUUCGAUAGAAGAUGCGAAAUACGCUCUAUUGUUGUUUAGAUUAUGGAAGGAAUAUGAAGGUCAAGAUGAAAUGAAGUUUGAAGCUCUGAUGGAUGAUAUCUUCAAUGAAGGUCACAGACUUGGAUUUAAACCACCUACUGAUAGACCAACUUCACCCAAUUCAUUCCCACCUCUUCAAUCUCAAACCCCAGCUCCAUCACCUGCGAAACCUCAAAAAUCAAGAAAGGGAUCCAGCAAAAACAAUACAUCUCAGUGGAACUCGAAUGGGAACAACGGCAAUAACAGAGGCGGUGGAGGUGGGAAGUCUGCCACCAGACAAUGGUAG